AUGUUUUCACGAUCGAAUUUAUUAUGUCAAAAAUUACUAAUGAGAAGUUCAACUAGAAAUUUCUCAUUUAAACAAUUGAAAGAUGUAAAACCAAUUAUUAUUCGAAAUCUUGCUUGGUUUAGCCGACAUACAGCGAAGGAAAAUUUCGGAACGAAAUUAAAGCGACGAUUAAGAAAUCUUUUAAUCGUCACUGUUGUUGGUUGUGGAACUUACUAUGGCUAUCGCGCUAAUCGUAAUUAUAAAUGGUUUAAAGAUAUGACCGAUUCGGAUAAUUCAAUCGGUACAAAACCACGUGUAGUGAUUCUUGGAACAGGUUGGGGUGCCGUACCAUUUUUAAAACAUAUUGACAGUGAUAAAUAUGAAGUUGUUUGUGUAUCGCCACGUAAUUAUUUUCUAAUGACGCCUUUAUUACCAUCGGUUAGUGUUGGUACAGUCGAAACUAGAACAGUCAUUGAGUCUAUUCGUUCACUUGUUGGACCAAAAGUAAAAUAUGUUGAAGCACAAUGUGUUAAUGUCAAUCCAAAAGAAAAAUUAAUCACAUGCAAUAGUGAUGGCACAGAUGUCGUAUCUCGGGGCGAUGACGUUAAAGCAAUCUAUGUACCAUCGAAACGCGAAGGUGGUGCAUCAUCAAGAAUUAUUAAAGAUUCUGCUCGAACACGACCUCAAUUUGAUAUGAAAUAUGAUAUUCUUAUUGUUGCUAUUGGUUCAGAGAAUAAUACAUUUAAUAUUCCCGGUGUUGAAGAACAUGCUCACUUUCUCAAAGAAAUUCUCGAUGCUCGACGUAUUCGUUCCGCGAUUAGUGAUGCAUUUGAAUCAGCUAUGACACCAUCGCAGACACCAGAAGAACGAAAACGUCUUCUACAUUUUGUUGUUGUCGGUGGUGGACCAACAGGUGUUGAAUUCGCUGCUGAACUUUCGGAUUUAGUUCGUGAAGAUCUUCAUCAUUUUUAUCCACGUUUAGUUGCUAAUGAUGUUAAAAUAACAUUAAUUGAAGCACUCGAUCAUGUUUUAUCGAUGAUGGAUAAAGAAAUCAGUGAUUUUACUGAAAAACAUUUCCAUCGUGAAAAUAUCGAAGUACUCAUGAAUACAUUUGUCAAAGCUAUUAAACAACAUGAAGUUGUUAUACAGGCAAAAGGUUCCAAUGAACAACAAUCGAUUCCGUGUUCUGUUGUUGUCUGGGCAACAGGAAUUAAACCGCGACGAUUAACCAAUCGAAUUCGAGAAAUAAUCGGCUUGAAUACACAAAGUAAUCGAAUGGGUAUUCUGACCGAUCAACAUUUACGCGUCAAAGGUGUUCACGAUGGUUCAUUGUUCGCUAUUGGUGAUUGCGCUACGAUCGAACAACCAAAAUUAGUUGAUCGUAUUCAAUUGCUAUUCGAAGAAGCAGAUACGCAACAUCGAGGAGCACUCGAUCUACAACAAUUUAGAACAUUAGUUGAAAAGAAAACUCAUGAAUUUCCACAGCUUGAAAUUUUCUCGGCGAGAAUUGAAAAAAUAUUUGCGGAAGCUGAUGAAGACAAGUUAGGUUUUCUAACACUGACAACAUUACAUUCAGCACUCGAAAAAGCUGAUACAAAACUUCGGGCGCUACCAGCAACGGCACAAGUUGCGUCACAAGAAGGUCGUUAUUUAGCUGAUUUACUGAAUGAAUUACCGGAUUUGAAUAUAGAAAAUUAUCAAAAACAUGAUAUAAAACCAUUCCGUUAUAAACAUAUGGGUUCAUUGGCAUACGUUGGUGGCGAUUCGGCUGUAGUUGAUUUUACUGGAGCAAGACCAAUUUUGGAUAUUUUCAGGUUAAAACCAUUAUCAGGACGUGGUGCAGCUUAUCUCUGGAAAUCAUUUUAUUUCACCGAAAUGUUUACUGGCCGAACAAAAACAUUACUGGCAUUUGAUUGGGUUCGUACGCAAUUAUACGGACGAGAUAUUAGCCGUUAUUAA